AUGGAUAAGAGGUCUCGGAGCGCUUCCAGGGAGUCUCAUAGGAGACGCAGAGAGUCCCCAGCUACACAGAGCAAACGAGAGAAGAGGGAGAGCGGUAGAGAAGCCAGCAAAGGAAGGGGAGACAUAAAGCAGGAGAAUGCAAAGGAGAUCAAGAGCACCGCAGGAACUGGUGAUAGGGUCCACACAUCCACAGUGGUGGACGUGGAUGAUGUGAUAUCUGAUGAAGAAAUGGAGGCCAUGGCAUUGCUGGACAGCGAGCGGCAAGAGGAAGGUAUAAAGUCUCCGGGCCUGGGCAUCUGUGAGUGGCUUCUGACCAUCUUGUCUUUCCUGUUUGUCAUAAUGACCUUCCCCAUUUCUGUCUGGUUCUGCAUGAAGGUAGUGCGGGAGUAUGAGAGAGCCAUUGUCUUCCGACUUGGGCAUCUCCUUCCUGGCAGAGCUAGAGGGCCUGGCCUUUUCUUUUUCCUUCCCUGUCUGGACACGUAUCACAAGGUAGAUCUCCGCCUCAAAACCCUAGAGAUCCCCUUCCAUCAG